AUUGUUGUUAAGAGUUUGAUCCUCAGCUGCCAGGGAACUGAUGCAGCCUCAAACCUGCUUAUCUACAUGUUUCCACCCUCUCUCCUUCUUUAAUCCACGUUCAGUUCUCACAGAGUGAAGAUGUCUGCGUUCAGGUCUCUGGUUGUGUUGAUCCUCAUCAUGUGGACUCUCACCACAGCAGAUGGUAAGGUCUGUGUUUUAGCAGAGAGCUGCAUCUUACGCUGCAGUUUUCAUCCUGGUAAAGAACCAGUAAUCCACUGGAUGAAGGUGGAACCAGGAAACCCUCCUGUCCACUCCUACUACAACGACAAAGACCAGUUUGAUAAACAGAGCGAGCACUUCAGAGGCCGGACAUCACUGUUCACAGAUCAGAUCUCCAGAGGAGACGCCUCCAUCAGGCUGACGGGGCUGCAGCUUCAGGACCAGGGAAGAUACAAGUGCUUCACCAGCAUCAUCAAUGGAGGCAGCGAGGAGUCAUUUAUCAACCUGACAGCAGAAGCUCCGGUGCGUCACGUGGACAUUGAGCAGGUGGAGGACAGCUUCACCUGCCGCUCAGAGGGGAUCUACCCCGAGCCGCAGCUCACCUGGUCCACCAGGCCUCCGUCCAACGUGACCCUUCAGAACCAAACCUCAGUGAAGGAGACGGAGCAGCAGCUCUAUGAGAUCAGCAGCACAGUGACACUGUCAGACAGAGACUCUGUUCUGAUCUGCAGCAUCAGCACUCGCAGUGGGAGGAGGAGCGCGCUGUGGUAUCAACCCACUCCCGUCCAUGUGUCACCGAAUGAAACAACAACAACAAUCCACUGCACUGCUCCAAACACCAAACCCCCGACACACUGGGUGUGGAAGUUCAACCACAGGCAGAUCAUUGUGAACCAGACCGGGGUGGACGGCCCCCCCAGGGUCUCAGAGCAGUGGAGGCAGCAGGUGGAGGAUGUGUCAGCGUCAGGCAGCCUCACGCUGCACCACUUAUCUUCAGAUCACCAGGGAACGUUCACCUGUGAACUCAGUAGUGAAGAGGAGACGCUCUUCAUCAACAGCUACGUGACGAUAGAGGAAGGUAAGAUCCCAUGAGACCAGAACUGAUGAUGAAAUCCUCAGAGCGACUGUCAGACCUGAGGCUGGUGCAGUGAGUCCUGGUUCCUCCUGGUGGAGCAGAUCCCCCAGGGCUCCGUCCUCCAGCUCCUCAGGAGCAUCAUGUCCACAUGUUGUCAGGAGAACACACAGGAACCAGGAGGACACACACACACACACACACACACACACACACACACACACACACACACACUACACUUUACACUGAAGACACAUCACUGCACUUUGUUGAUGCUACAGUUCUUCUCUCUGAA